AUGGACUUCCUUUCAAUCCCGGAGAAUCUCUGGCGAGUUGGAUUUAUCCUACUAGCUGCUACUGGAGUUUACGCCUGCGUUAGUCGGGCAUUUGGCACAUCCAUCUUGGCUAGAGUAACGCUGCGUGAUCGAAGACCUUCAACUGCCCGAACUCCACCGCGGUCUUUCUCUCCAGACAAGAAAGCAACAACAAGCCCAACUGCCCCAUCUAGCUAUGACAAUGUUCUCCCGCCCCAACGCAGACAUACCCUUGCAGAUCUUAGUGGUGCUUCACCCGGACCCGACGUGCACGAAGAUGUAGUACGUCGGAAUAUUCUACCCAUGAGCGCCGACUAUAUAACCAGCCCGUGCGACAAGUACACACCGAUGGGAUUCUCAGUCGCAGAGAUCAAAGGACUUGGAGACUUUCCGGACUAUGCGACUCUAAGUGGAGUUCCACUACCCAGCCCGUAUCCCGAAUUCAAUAUCGAGGAGGCACUACCUCGGCCAUAUCGUCCAUUCCGGUGGGCGUAUCACCAAACGAUGUCCUUGACCAAACUCGAAACAGACUGGUGGAUCGAGCUCGAAAGCACGUAUAAGAGCCGCAUCUCCCAGCGCAAAGAGCUCUAUGCCAAAAAUGGCAAAGAAGUUCUCGAUGUCAUGCCAGGCUCCGAACUUGCAUGCAAAGAGUUGAUGGAGAUGGUCUUGCAAUUUAUAUGUGCGCGAUAUCCGCAGUACUUCACGUUAAGGAACAAGCGCGUACUACAGAACAAGAUCCUCGGUACCGAGCAGGACGUCACAGCCAAGCCCCCUCUCGAGAUCCUUUUGGACAACGUACCAGAAGACUUUGCAAUUAUGCUUCGUGACGAGACGACAGGAUUCUAUUUCCUGCGUGCUGCAGUGAUCUGCUCCGCGCUGGGGUGGAAUGUGGCGUCGAAGAUCGGGAAGCAGCUGCAUGAGAUCCACGAGCCGAUUCCAGAUUAUAAGGAGAAGAUGCAGUUCUCUAUGGACCGAUUUUUCACUAAGAUGCCGACCGAGAAACCAAUUCAGCGAGGCUCGUGGGGCCUGGAAAUUGGACAGCCAUUGUAUAUGCCACCCGGGGAUCCCCACGAGCUGCACCGGCUAUCUCAGCGGGAUGAUUUGACCAUCGACGAGUGUCACCUUCGGGUAGACUGGCAGACUCUCAGGCGUCUGCCCUUGUCUGGUGCGGUGGUUUUCAAUUUCAAGGGACUUUUUACUCCAAUCACGGAAUUCCGUGAUGAGCCUGGCGUACCGGGUCUGGUGAUGAAGGUUGUUACAGACGGAAAGAAGAACCUCAUGGAUUACAAGAGUGUUUGGCAUGUACAGCAUGUGGUACUCCCUAAGCUGAAGGAAUGGGCGGAAGAGCAGAAGGAGAAUGGGUUAGUUCCUAAAGAUUGGGAAGCAUCUACUUUGGACGAUAGCCCAUGGUUCAAGGGUUGGCAAGAGAAGUGGCAUCGGCAGCAGGGGUUCUAG